GUGCCGAGACAAUAGGAGAGAGAGCGUGCGCGCUAGAGCUGGAGCUCACACACACACUGAAGCACACACACACGCACGCGGGCGCGCGCACGGGUCUGAUAGAGGCGCUGGGAGCUGGGCUGAGUUCAGUGCGCUGCGGAACCGGCUGGAUCGCGGUGGAUGAGCGCUUUGUCUGUCUCGCGGCUCUGCGCGAGGAGGAGGAGAACACCUGGACCGGGCGGACAGGGUCCACCAUGGAGAAGAGUUCGCUUGUGAUGCAGGAGCAGGAGAGCAGUGAUGGAGAAAAGGUCCUGGAGGAGGCGUCGCUUGGCCUGGCCAUUGAGGACGGCCAGUUCGAGCAGCACCUGGGGAUCAUGGAUAAGAUCCCACUGGUCAAGCCCUUCUUCAAAAAGAAGCAUGCACAGAGGAAACUGGACGCCAAGUGCCUCCGGGCACUGCAGGAGCCACUCCUGAGUACGCUACUGGUGGCCGGGGAUGGGGUGUUUGUGGCCCCUUGCGCCGCUGCCGCUGCCACUAUAGAGAAACGGACCACUAUAAGCGAUGUGCGGACAAAGGACAGGGACGCAGGGACGGAGGCACAGGCAGGCGACGCAGCGUCGGAUGUAGCGGCGGACGUCGCGGCGGACGUUGUGCCGGCGCCUGUCGCUGCCCCCGUGCCCUCGGAGACACUAGCUGAUCUCUUUGCCCCCGGUGAACCACUGGGGGAUGCCGCCCCAGCACAGGAGGGCGAGUUGUUUCGGGACAAGAGCGAGGAGGCCUCGCUGGACCUUGUGUUUGAGCUGCUGACCCAGCUGCAGUACCACACGCACCAGCGUGAUGGCGUAGACAUCUGUGCGGACUUCCUGCAGGGCUUGUGCUUUUACGGUAGUGACUGCGAGCGGCACCACACCGUGUUGCCGUACCACUGGCAGAUCCGGCGGUCGGAAACGAAUGCGUGGCAGAGCAUAGCGGAUGAUGCACAGGAGCAGCUGGAAAGACUCUAUUGCAAUCCGGACAAUGAGCAAGUCCGGCUAAAAUUCCUGGGUCGAGUGUUCAUGUUAGACUUCAGUGCCAUGAGAGUAUGUGACCUGGAGUUUGACCUCGUCAGGCGUCUGUCCACAGCCUCCAGCUCCGGGACCACGCCUUCCAGCACAAACCCCGCCCCUAGCUGCCUCACAGUGUGGAAGUAUUACUGCAGAGACAACUUCGGCUGGAGGGAGUACUCAGAGCCGGUGGUGCGAUUAAUCGAGGAGGCGAGCGGGCGGGGUCUGAAGGAGGUGCGCUUCAUCACCCUACAGAACCAGUACAUCCUGAACAUCCGCGAGGGCUUCCAGCAGAACGCCGUCUUCGGCUUCCGCCGUCAGAUCAAGAAAAGGCCUCUGUUCAUGUCCUCUGUCAGGCUCUCCCCAUAUUUACAAACUCUAGGUGGUCUCUACGCUCUGGAAGCGUCAGGACCACAACCUCUCUCCCCGACGUCGACCACCGCCCCCCGGGCGUUCCCCGAGACGUGGGUCCCCAUGAGCCAGAGUUUGGACUUUGUUCAGGUGCCCGUCGCCCGCGAUGACCGCAGCUACCGCACCGUCUACAACCUCUUCCACAAGACCGUGUCCGAGACCAAAUUCCGCAUCCUGAAGAUCCUGCGUGUGCAGAACCCCUUUCUCUGGGAGAAAUACAAGAGGAAGAAGGAGUAUAUGUCUCGGCACAUGACGGAGAUGGACCGGCUCCUGAACGAGCGACACCUGUUCCACGGCACCUCGCAGGACGUGGUGGAGGGCAUCUGCAAGCACAACUUCGACCCGCGCGUGUGCGGCAAGCACGCCACCAUGUUUGGCCAGGGCAGCUACUUCGCCCGCAAGGCCGUGUACUCGCACAACUUCUCCAAGCGCUCGUCCCGCGGUGUCCACUACAUGUUCCUGGCCAAAGUGCUGACGGGCCGCUUCACGGUGGGCAACCCGUCCAUGCGCCGGCCGCCGCCGCUCUGCCCCCGCGACCCCUCCAGUGACCUCUUCGACUCCUGCGUGGACAACUGGAUGGACCCUCAGAUCUUCGUCAUUUUUAACGACGAUCAGAGCUACCCUUACUUUAUCAUCCAGUACGAGGAGGUGGCCAGCACUGUGGCCAUCUGAGGACCUUACGGACACAACUGGGCCUGGGAUCUGCGUGCAUGGCUGUAGGCACAUCAGUGUGUGUGUGUGUGUGUUGUGAGGGUGACUGCUUGUACACUCAUUUUGGAAGUCUUGGAUGGUACGGAAUGAAUCAUGAGAGUUUACAUGCGUGAGUGUGUUAAUGUGUGUUAGAGUGUGUGUUAAUGUGUGUGUGUGUGUGUGGCCACCAAGCUUCCAUACUCCAGUGUCUUAAGGCCCUGUCCCACUGCGAUUGCAUCUAAAUAUCCACUAAAGUACGUCCAAAUUUCAGUGGACGCAGUUUAGUGGAUAUUUAGUGGAUAUUUAGACGCAAUCUGGACGUAGUUUAGUGGAUAUUUAGACGGCACCGUCCAAGUGGACGUAGUUUAGACGUUGCCGUCCACUUUAGACGCAAAAGUGGUUUUGGUACCUCCCAAAAUUUUCGGAAUAGACGGCGACUAAUAUGGACGUAAUUUAGUGGAUAUUUAGACGCAGUACGGACGUAUUUUAGUGGAUAUUUGGACGGCACGUACAGGUGGACGUCGAAGUCCAUAAAAAUAUUUUUCUGGCGUCCAUCGCUUUUCCACACUUUCCAAGAUGCCAGCCAAGAGGAAGGGUUCAGCUAAGACGGCCGCCGCCAAGCGAUUUUCCGAGGAGGCAGUUCCAGCUCCCGAGGAACCAGCUCGAGCCCCCGAGGAACAGUCCUCUCCUGCUGCCACCUCCUCCUCCUCCCGGUCUGGUCCAGCACAUGGAGGAGUAUGUUCUGCUGCUGCACCAUCACUGCAAGGAAUCUGUGGUCCAUGGUUGUGUAGAAGAGAAUAGAUGUGCUCUCUCUUGUAGCUCAAGAAGAAAUGAUGAUUCACUAGAAAAAACAACCAUAUAUAGUUGGAAGUCGACGUCCAAAAAGUGGACGUCGACUUCCAAAAAGUGGAAGUCGACGUCCAAAGAGUGGAAGUCGACGUACAAAUUUGGAAGUCGGCGUCCAACUUCAAUUUAGACUGAAUAUGGACGUGACCAUUUGGACGCAGUGCGUCUAUAUUUUGGAUGCAGCGCAUUCACUCAGUGGACGCAGUGUUUUCUGAUAAAUUUGGACGUACUUUAGUGGAUAUUUAGACGCAAUCGCAGUGGGACAGGGCCUUUAGGAGUGUGUGUGUGUGUGUGAGUGAGUGUGUGUGGGAACAUGUGUUUGUGAGUCUGAGAGACCGUUUAGUGCCCGUCUCCUCGUGCCCCUGACCAUGUGGAUGCAGGUCAUACCCAUCUUCACUUCUAAACAGACUGCUGUUGGGCGUGUAUGGAAAUGUGAUUUUGUGACUCUGCAGAGAAAGCCCCUCCCCCUUCUGAACUUUGAGACACUGGUGGUCCAUCACAUGGACUUGGCGCUUGACGUCAUUGAAGCUUUGACAUUCUUUUUUGUUUGUUUGUUUGUUUUUUUUUUUCUUUUUUUGUUUUUCUUUUUUUAAAGACUCACGCCCCUCCCCCUGCCAUCUCCAUACUUAAUUUGUGAGAAGUUGUACAUAUGUUUUCUUGUUUAUAUUUGAACAGUGUGCCUUUUGUUCAUAAAAAAUUAUUUAUGUUAGUUAAUGUAACAAAUAAAAAAACAAAAUUCAGAA